ACUAUCGCGCGCGCAGCGCAAGCAAAGAUUCACGACCCUAUCACGAAAGGCUUUUGUUACGAGCAUUGCUCCCAGCCUAAUCUGCGGGCUACGGUUCCACGACACGAACGAAUAUGGAUCGCGACCGGAGAAGCAGGUACGAAGACGGCGAGGUCACUAGGUAUGGCGCUGGCGAGUCUUGGAGACCCUUUCCUAGAGGCGGAGGUGGCGGCGGAGACCGCUCCCCUCGACGAGCCCGAAGUCCACUGAGGGACCGCGAACGAGACCGAGACAGAGAUCGUGACCGCGAUCGCGACCGUGAUCGUGAUAGAGACAGAGACCGGCCAAGAUCUCGAGACCGCGACAGAGACAGGGACCGAGAUACCAGAGACACGAGAGAUCGCCCGAGAUCCAGAGACCGCGACAGAGAGCGCGCUCGCACACCGCCCCUGACGUCGGACAGCUACGUUCCCGGAAGAUCUCCCGCCCGCCGCCGCUCACGCAGUGCUGAGCGUUACCGACGUGAUCGGUCCCGCGACAGAGACCCGCGCCCUCAGAGCGACACAUGGCGCAGACGGGAUAGAACUCGAAGCCCUCCUCCUGUGAGACGGCCCUCGCUGAGACGUAGCCCUUCAAGGCGCCGCAGUCCCAUUGGAAGAUCUCCCGCCAUUCGAGAUGAGAGGAGCGACCGUGUUAGGUCGCCGCCGCGCCGCGACAACAGAGACAGAGAGCGUGAGAGGGACAGAGAUAGGGACUUUGAUCGGCGGGACGACAGACGCCGGUCGCGUUCGCCAUACGGCCGCGACAGAGGUCCCAGGGACAGAAGCCCGCCCCGGCGGUCGCCUGCGCCGGCAUCUCGUGGCAACUACCGUCCACGAUCUCGUAGUACGAGUCGCCGCGGCGGUGGUGGCGAGAGAUACGUAGGAUCCUCUUACAGACGGGCCUCGCCGCCCCGAGAUUCUGGCAUCUCGUCAGCGAUCACGUCUCGAUCAGCUUCAGGCAAGUCGUCACCGCACCCUCCUCCUUCCACCCGAGCACGUUCGCGGCCGCAAUCGAGGGAGCGUGGGGAGCGUGGGGAGCGUGUCGAGCGGGUUGAGCGGGAGCAGCAGCGAGAGCGAGAGCGGGAACCCACACCGCUUCAGACCGGUGCUUCUGCCGCAUCAUCGUCCUCGACGAUGACGACGACGAUUCGCGAAGCACCCAAGCCUGCCGCAAACGCCACCGCAAACGCCGCCGUUUCCGCCGCCUCCGCGAUCGCCGCCCCCCAAGAGCCGGCCCCGCCGGUCGCAAAGACACCACCUCGAGGCCCCGCCGCUUUACGUGCUCCUCCAACCGGCCCUGCCGCGACCCGAAACUUCACUGCGCCCGCCGGCUCACCAGCUGUCCAGCCACCUAGACACCCGCCGACCCCGAGCGUGCCACCCUCGCGCGCAGACGCCGUUAGCCCGACGAUCCCCCCGGCCGGCCCCCGAGGCUACGUAGUUUCGGCCAGGGGCGGCGGAUACAGCGCCCGCGGUGGACGAGGCUCGUGGUCCGGUCCAUCCCCUCGUCAGGCCCCUGCCCCCACGACAUCCCCUUCUUCCAUUGGCAACGGACCUUCCAGCAUCCCAACCGGUCCGCGCGCCAACCCCUCCAACACUACACCGUUAAGCACAUCGUCAGCAGGGCCCAAAGCUUUCAACCCUCCCACCGGCCCUUCCUCGCAGCACGGCGCCGGAAACGUCCGCCUGACGCUCGCGCAAAGCAUGCUCGCUACCCUGCCGCCCAUCAUCCCCGGUGGCAAGAUCGACCCGUCUCUGCUCGCGACGACGACGGGCAUCACGAGGGACAUUGAGCCGCACUACAGGAAACUCAAGGCCGAAGAGGAAAAGGCCCGCGCGGAGCUGGAUGCGAAGCAGGAUAAGUUGCGGCAGAGCCUCCAGAUGUGGGAUAAGCUCGAGAUGGAGUCCAAGGCGUGGAAGACGAGGGUGGAUGUGAGCGAGCAGAGCUUGAAGAGUUUGGCUGGUGAGGGCAUGGGCGGUGCCGCGUUCUAG